AACACACUAUAAUCUGUCGAGAACUGGAUUCACGAUUGAACGUGGAUCCAACGGUGUUGGACAUCCUCGUAUUCAAAUUUGGAUGUUAGGGAAUUGAGAUGUCCAACUUCCACUCGAACUUGCCGCUUCUUCAACUCGAAGGCAUCACAACAGUGACCCAAACGACACCGUUUUGAUCCAUGGUGAAGGGAUUGCACGGCCAGAACCUCCCCGCCGACGUGGCGCAGGUGGUUGAUCAGCUGGAGCGCCACUGCUUCGCUCCCGAUGGAUCUCUCAUCUCCAAGCCUCUCUUCAACGAUCUCCAACUCGCCAGAGAGGAAAUGUGCAGGGAAAGACUGCGUUACCUGGAAGCCAUGGCUAUAUAUUCUGAGGCUGUUGCAAUGGUGGAAGAGUAUCAGCAAGCCAUUCCUGUGUCUAACCUUGGUGGAAUCAGAGACACUGGCAAUCUUUAUCCACAGCUUGGGUUGAGGAACUCUCCUCAGGUUUAUCAGACUUUAGAGCACCAAAUGGUUGUUGCUGAAGCAGGUCAACGAUUGAGACUACCUCUUAUUUCCAAAGAUGGGGAAGUUCAUGAUGAAGAUAUUGAAAAACUAAGUGUAGUGUCUCGAAGCUCCCUAGACAGUACUGUUAGUGGAGCUAAUUCUUCUAACUAUAACACACCAAAUAGCUCUGUCAAUGGGGCUAAUUCUCCUCUUGCUGCUUCGGAUCCGGUGGAACUUGGAGUUGGUGGUGUUCCAAAUCGUUUUUUGGGAAUUACACCUGCUUAUUUGUGGCAAACUCAGCAUCAAAAAACAUCAUUAUCUGUGGAUAUGACUGAAUAUCGGAUGUCUCUUUCACGUGAGGUAGAGGCUCGCUUGAAAAUGAAAUGUGAAAAAUUAUCAGAUGCCUUUGUAUUGGAUGACAAUGAUUCUUCAUCAUCUGGAAGUCAGAGUUCAAGUUCUCGGCUUCCAGAAAGGGUGAAAUUGUUGAUUGAGGAGAUUGAAAGAGAAGAAACAGCACUGCGGGAUGACCUUUAUUCUGCAGAUAGAAAGUUUGCUGAAUAUUACAAUGUCUUGGAGCAGAUACUUGCAGUGCUUAUUAAACUUGUCAAAGAUUUGAAGUUGGAGCAUCAACAUAAAUAUGAUGAGCUACAAAAGACUUGGCUCUGUAAAAGGUGUGAGACCAUGAGUGCAAAAUUGAGGGUUCUAGAACAUAUUCUCCUGCUCGAAACUUACACUAAGGACUCUAUACCUGCCCUUCAUAAGAUAAGGAAACAUCUUGUUGAGGCGACGGAAGAAGCUUCUAUUGCAUAUAAUAAAGCGGUUACCCGCCUGCGCGAGUACCAGGGCGUUGAUCCUCACUUUGACAACAUUGCAAGGCAGUACCAAGACAUUGUGAAGAAAUUGGAGAACAUGCAAUGGACAAUCCACCAAGUUGAAAUGGAUCUGAAACGUUUGCCAGAUAAACCCAGCACAUAGAAAUUUUCUGCUGUCUCCUUAUCUUGGUUUGAAUUGCUUUUUGUAAAUGGUAUUAAAGGCAUCUCCACUCCCUUAACCAGCAUUCGUCAUGCCCCUAAUGAUUGAUAAAGACGUAACUAUGAGAUUGUCUAAUUGUUUCGACUAUUUGCAUUACCUUUUAUAGGAGAAAAAGGAAAUGUCAAAGGAAGCUAUUUCUGCUAGUUUUAAGAUGUCAAAAUAGUGUUGGGGUCUUUACUUUUUGUAUUUAAUCAGAGUAUUCUUAUAUGCAUCCUUUCUAGACUAAUCUUUUUUAGGCAUUAUCAUAAUUAAGAGACCCUUAAAUGGAAUUUUUCUGA